AUGGUCGGAGCAACAAUUACUUCGCCCUUAGAUGUUAUGAAAACUCGGUUACAGUCGUCUUUAUAUAAUCCUAAAUCACCGUCUUCACAACCUUUUGUUCGAUCUACAAUCCCAUUUCUCGGACAUUUCAUUGACACAGGAAAAUUAUUGACGUACGUGUACCGUAAUGAAGGCUGGAGGGCGUUGUUUAAAGGAUUAGGACCAAAUUUAGUUGGCGUCGUACCAGCAAGGUAA